UGCAUUUUACUACACAGAGCUGUAUGAUAAUUAUUUUUUGGUCGUACACAUAUUGUUAAAUAGAAACAGUAAAUAGCUUUUCCUUUUUACGACAUACCGGCAAGUUGUCACUCGAUUUCGCUGGUGACGUUCCAAAAACCAAGACGAAAAUGGAGUCUUUUCUGUCAAAAUCACUGAAAAUUGCAGCCGUUGUUUCGGCAUAUUGGUUUAUUUCUAUUUCUAUGGUCUUCUUGAAUAAGUACCUGUUGAGCAGCAAAGAUCUCAAGCUGGAUGCCCCACUGUUUGUAACCUGGUAUCAGUGCGUUGUAACCGUACUCUUCUGCUUCCUGCUCAGUUUUCUGUCCAAGGUCUUCCCUGGGUAUAUAUCCUUCCCAAGUAUGAGGGUUGAUCCAAAAUUAUGUAGAGAGACCCUGCCGCUGUCAGUGGUCUUCGUGUGCAUGAUCACCUUCAACAACCUGUGCCUGCAGAAUGUGGGCGUGGCCUUCUACAAUGUUGGCAGGUCCCUCACAACAGUGUUCAAUGUGGUGUUUUCCUACUUGAUGCUGAAGCAGUCUACCUCAGUGCCAGCCCUGGGUUGCUGUGGUGUGAUCAUCGCUGGUUUCUUCCUGGGUGUAGACCAGGAGGGGGCAUCUGGUGAUCUGUCAAUAAAGGGUGUGAUGUUUGGAGUGAUUGCCAGCGCCUGUGUUGCCCUUAAUGCAAUCUACACUAAGAAAAUAUUACCAAUAGUCGACAACAACAUCUGGCAGUUAACCCUGUACAAUAAUGUCAACGCCACCUUUCUUUUCAUGCCAAUUAUGCUGAUAUUUGGCGAAGGAAGGGAAGUGUAUAAUUUCCCGUUGUUAUAUGACUUAAAGUUCUGGUUCUUCAUGACCCUAAGUGGUGUUUUCGGUUUCGCUAUCGGGACUGUCACAGGGCUUCAGAUUCAGUUCACGUCUCCGUUGACUCACAAUAUAUCAGGGACCGCCAAAGCUGCCGUCCAGACGGUGAUCGCGUGUUUGUACUUCAAUAACGUCAAGUCAAUGUUGUGGUGGCUGGGCAACGUUACUGUGCUGGGUGGCUCGGCUGCCUACACUGAGGUCAAACGUCGUGAGAUGAAGAAGGCACACACCCAUCAGUCUGAAUUGGCAAGUAAAUUGGAGUCAGGGGAUAAAGAAGCAAUGUUAAGUGGGGAUAGCAAACCUUGAUAUGAGAAAGUUUGACAGGUUUGAUUGAAUUGAAGAUCUAUUGUUGAUAUAGAUUUAAUUGGGGGCCUUAUUUUUUAAAGUUAAGUUUGUGGGAAAUUUGUAUUGCGGUAUUCAUGUGAUAUAUUUGUUACUAUGCAGACAAAAUUUAUGUGAAGAGUUAUUUUUGUAUGUAUUUAUAUUUGUUUACUAAUAUUACUGUGGAACAUUUUAACAGAAAGAUAUAUUGCCUAAAAAUAUCUAUUUGCUUUUGCUCUGCUUAUAUUGUAGACUCCAUGUAUCAUAUUAAUCAACUAAGCAAACGCUGUAAUUUGGAGGCUGUUAGAUUACAUGUAUCAUUCUAAUCACACAGGGUUUACAUGGCCUGUUGCGUAAUUAGCAAAUUACUACAACUUUACCUAUUUUGAUACAGAAACUUAUAUUUGUCUCAAUGUUUUCUUUAGAAAAUAUAUAAAUAUGCUAAAUUGA